CAUUAGAUUGCAGGUAUUUUGUUUUGUUUAUUUUCUGUCUAUAAAGUACUCUUCUUCGUGUCAUUUCAAUCCCUUUUAGCAAAUAACAAUUCACCUAUUCUUUUGAUGGAUCUGUUUUUCAACUCCGAUGAUAGGAAAGUUGCAGUUGUAACUGGCAGUAAUAAAGGAAUAGGAUUGGCGAUAGUGAAAGGCUUAUGCAGUAAGUUUCCUGGAGAGGUGUAUCUUACAGCUCGAAACGUAGAAAAUGGCUUGAAUGCUGUUAAAAGUUUAUACAAACAAGGAUUUCAUCCUAAAUUUCAUCAUCUUGACGUGACAAAUUAUGAGAGCAUUUUGAAACUGAAACGUCAUCUGGAAGAGAGCUAUGGUGGUUUGGACAUAUUGAUUAAUAAUGCAGCAAUAGGAUAUCCGCACUUAUCCGAUGUUCCAUUCCAUAUCCAAGUGAAAGAAACUCUCGCAGUAAAUUAUUUCGGCUUAAGAGACGUUUGCAACGUAUUAUUUCCAAUUCUACGACCCCACGCCAGAGUAGUAAACUUAUCCAGUUCGCAAGCAGCGAUAAAAAACAUACCAGGUGAAUGUAUAAAAGAACGACUAUCAUCGGAUGACCUGACCGAAGCAGAACUAUCCAAAUUGAUGGAAUCUUUCCUCAUAGCAGCUCAAAGAGGUGCCCACAAAGAAGAAGGAUGGCCCGAUGACAGCUACGCUGUUUCUAAAGUGGCUGUAAAUGCAUUAACUCGCAUCCAACAAAGGGAAUUUUUACUCGACGAAGAUCGAGAAGGUAUUGUCGUCAAUGCAGUCCAUCCUGGUCAAAUAGCCACCGAUUUGACGCGUUAUAAAGGGUACCAAAAUACAACUCAAGGUGCUCAGAUUCCAUUAUACGCUGCCUUACUUCCUAAAAACGUUGUUCAGCCAAUCGGAUCGUUUAUAUGGUGGAAUAAGCAAAUCGUCGAUUGGAUCAAUGGACCUAUACCUUUGAUAUGAGAUGAGAAAAUUUGUCGCUUAAAUACAAAAGUACAUACCUACAUUAUAAU